AUGACUUCGCAAUCAGCCGCCCAGUUAAAGGGAUUGUUGGAUACAACUAUCGAAUGCUUAAAUAACUUAGAAAACUUAAAAAUAACCGCUGACUCUUGGGAUCACGUUAUAAUAUUUCUGCUCGUUCAGAAGUUUGACCCAGAGACACAUAAGGGCUGGGAAGAGUAUGCAUAUAAAGAAGACAGCGAAGCAUUACCUACUUGGAGUGAAUUAAGAAACUUCAUGGAGUCCAAGUUCCGCACCUUGGAGUUAGUUACAGGCAUUCCAGCUAAUAAUAAUACAAAGGAAAGGCAAGUCAAAGAACGUUCCUAUCAUGUUGCCAACCCCAGCACAGAGAAGAUAUGCAUCAUGUGUAAAGAAAAUCACACGUUGUCUCACUGCAAGAAAUUUGUUGAAAUGAAAUUAAGCGAGAGAACCGAUUAUGUCAAGAACAAACAUUUAUGUUUUAACUGUCUAGCACCAGGACACUCAGUGAAGAGAUGUAAAUUACCAGUAUCCUGUCAAAAAUGUCGCCGACGUCAUCAUUCUUUACUACAUGAGACUAAGAAUACAGAACCAACGGCUACACCGAGCACCUCACAACCGUUGGCUUCACAGCAUGUAGUAGAAGAGAAGGAAGCAGUUCAAGUGAACACAGUGAUCGCGUCACACCACACAAAUAAACAUGGGACAGCACUAUUAGCGACUGCUGUAGUAGAAGCAACAAAUGCAGAAGGUCAAGUUAUUUCUCUACGCGCGCUGAUUGACCAGGGUUCUCAAGCUACAUUUAUAAGCGAGAAAGCAACUCAAUUAUUGAAACUGAAGCGACAGCCAGUCAAAGGAAGUGUUUUAGGAGUGGGUUCUUUGAGAACAGAGCUAAAACACGUGGUACAGCUUAAUAUAAGAUCACAAUGGGACUAUAAGUACAAUUUACCGAUUCAAGCCUACGUGAUGUCUAAACAACUGACCACUAAGAUACCCACCAAAACAAUUGUCAAGCAACCAUGGCCUCACAUCGACGGGCUUAACUUGGCUGAUCCGAGUUACUUAACACCUGGUUCUGUAGAUCUGCUAUUAGGAGUCAAGGUAUACGCACAGAUAAUACAGCCAGAUUUAAUAAAGGGUCCACCAGGCACUCCAACUGCACAAAAAACAAACCUGGGUUGGAUUAUUUUCGGAGAUAUCGUUGAAAAACCACAAAACGAUACUUACCUUGUGAUGCAUCAUCAAAUCGACGCCGACGAAAUAUUAAAAUCUAUAUGGGAAAUAGAGAUUGAUAAAAAUAGACAUUUGACAAAAGAAGAUAAGAUUUGUGAGGACAUCUACGAGAAAACAACAACAAGAAAUUCGGAAGGAAGGUACAUAGUCAAAUUACCUUUCAAAACUUACAGUCCACAACUAAAUGAAACAAGCACGAGUACAAGUUUACAGUCACCUGAAGGAAACACAAAGGAGAUAGCCAAACAAAGAUUCUUGCUACUGGAGCGGAAGUUUAGGAAAUCAUCUGACCUGAAAAAGGAAUAUACAAAAGUUAUAAACGAUUACAUAGAUCAAGGACACAUGGAAAAGAUACCUGAAGGAGAAAAAGAAAAAGAUCAGUAUACUUACCUCACCACGCCGUAG